AUGCCAGGAGAACUUGGUGUAUUGACUCUAAGAGGCGUUGCCCGGAGGGUGGAGCGGUGUGGAGCCAUCGCGGCCAGGCUCUGGGAUAAAUGGGAACUGGAGACAAAGCAGCCACUGUUCUUGGAGGACCUGGCAGUGCCCAGUAGGUACGCGGGCUCACUGCUCCUGAAUGACCGGUACCAGGAUGGGUUUCAGUGGAAGGAGGUGAUGGUGCAGAGACAUGGAGGCUACAGUCAGUGCCUGCCAUGCCGGCCCUGCGGCCCGACCCCGCUGGCCAACAGCUGCAAUGAGCCCUGUGUCAGGCAGUGCCAGAACUCCACUGUCGUCAUCGAGCCCUCCCCCGUGGUGGUGACCCUGCCCGGCCCCAUCCUCAGCUCCUUCCCACAGAGCACCGUGGUGGGCUCGUCCACCUCCGCUGCUGUUGGCAGCAUCCUGAGCUGUGAUGGAGUGCCCAUCUCCUCCGGGGGCUUUGACCUCUCCUGCAUUACCAGCCGCUACUGUGGCAGAAGGUGCCCUCCCUGCUAAAGCCACGGGUGACAGCCUGGACAAGGAUUGCCCAGAACCCAAAAGCUCUUGCUAAACUGAGGACAGAGCUCCUGGCCAUUGAUUUCAGAGAAGCUGAACAU